AUGGGGUCGGCCCGCCACCCGAGUCGCAUUACGCCCCCCAAAGCGAAGCGGGGUCCAGCAACUCCUCUCGAGGAGCUGGGGGCGCAAACCCGUGGGGCAAUGGCCACAUUGGUCGCAUCUAGAACGAUGGAUGCGAGCCAAACGGAAAGAGGAAACAAAGGAUACGAUCAACGAAAAGGAGACCAACCAACAGGGUAUCGUCGAGCGAAUUACUCGUACAAGAAAGACGUCCCCGUUGGCCAUGGUGCCAGUGGGCUAUGA